AUGCAAUUCAGUCUCACGUCGUUGUUUCCUGGACUGGCCUCCAGCUUCAGCUCCAAGCGCCCUCAGGACAGCCCUCGGACCAAACUUCGCAAGACACCGCCUGCACCGAACAUCGUGAAUGAUCUCAAAUCUCGCGAUCGUGCCAGCAAGCAGGAUACCAACAUACCCACAGUGCUAUCCAUUGCCUACGAGAAUUUCCGAGCUCGAUUCGCCCGCCAGCUGAAGAACGAAGUCCUAGAACGGGCAGAUACGUCGCACGAAGUCGUUGCUUCACAAACAGCCGCACGUUUGCUACCAAGCCUCAACGUUAUCUCUGGUAUUCUUACCAUUAUCGAAACACUGCCCGAGCUACCUCAGCGCUUGCUUGCGCCUGAAACUACGACGGAUCAUGGAGAAGGUUGGCUCAAAGUAGUUGAGCGUGACUGCGGCAAUGACCACUCCGCAUUCGUCGCCCUCAUCCAGCGCGAAAGUGCUGUCUCGCCCAGCGGUAUAAACUCUGACGACGGUUUCGAAGAUUAUAAGUCAUCUACGCCGAAGUCGGACGGCUCGAUAACGUCUUCUUUAACAAGCGCGUGCCCUGAUAGCGAAGCGCUUGACCGCGCGGACUGGGAGCCACUCCGUGCGCUUGACCAUUCGAACUUCCAGAAGACCCUUUGGCAGCAUCUAAACAACUCCGUAGAGUACUGCGCAGAUGACUACAUCUUCUGCGGCGAACAUGAGGGUGGCUACAACUUCGUUCGGAUAUACCGGGUUACCAACAGCCCUAACGACGGUGAAUACGUGGUUAAGAUUCCUUGCGUUGGCACCGCCGCUCGCUGGCAGAAGCAGGAUGCAUACAUGAUGCGUUCGGAGUUUGGCACUAUCAAGUUCAUUGGCGAGCGUACCAAGUGUCCCGUCCCUGAGGUCGUAGCCUAUGACGACAAGCUGGAUAACACGCUAGGUGCGCCUUAUAUCUUGAUGAAGGCCUGCACAGGCAGAUCCGCCUCUGAAGUCUGGCACGACGCUCAUCCGAUCCUCAACAAUUGGGAUGAGGACACAGUCGACUUUCCUUCCGCUGAACUGGCGUCGAAACGUUCGCGCAUGCUUCGUUCGCUGGCUCAGGCCAUGGCUGAGCUGCGCCAUCUUGAGUUUGAUGAAAUCGGCGCGCUGUGCUUUGACAAUGUUGACGCAAACGAAAAGCCUACCGUUGGUUCGCUCUGGGAAUGCAAUAUCGACCCAGAACUGAUAGCAGAAGACAUGGCCACUGAAAAGGCUCUUACUGAGAAGCCAGUGUACGACUCAAGUCUGGAGCUCUACACUAACGGUCUGCUUGAGGCCUGGCCGUGCGAGGGACGUAAAGGAAGGCCCGGCGUCAUCCAUGGAAUCCUGGAUGCAAUGUUCCGAAGCGACGCUUUCGCGAAAUCGGUCAAACCCGGAGAGAGCGAGGAGACCUUCGUCCUUCGUCACGACGACCUCAACCUCCAAAACGUCUUCUGCGAUCCCGACACCGGCGAAGUGACCGGUAUCAUCGACUGGGAGCGCGCUUCCACCGCCCCACGCUGCCUGGGCUAUUCUUCCCUUCCAAAAUUCUUGACAUUAGACUGGAUGCCAGGGUACGAAGUUCUCGAUGCGCCACACUCACCUUUGUCGCUACAAAUGUACCGUGAGAUCUACGCCGAUGCAAUGAUCAAGGCUACUGGAGUAGAUGGUGACGGCAAGUAUACGUCCAAGUCUGCGAUGUAUCAGGCUGCCCACGCAGCGUUGUUUGGUAGUAGUGAAGGUGGCGACCUUCGUGACUUUGUCCGAAAGCUGUUGCAUGAGGUUCCUGGACUGCACCACACGGACCUUGACUUGUACCUGACUUGGCUCGGCGAGCACUGGGACGCAGUCGGUAGCUCUGUCAAGGAUGCUGUACGGAAAGUUGCGAAACCGGUAAUUCGGACGAUCGACUGCGGCGACGAAGUAUAG